UGAGCUCGACAAAGUCGUGUUCCCAGAAACUGCCAAGAUUGACGAAAUUGGUCUGUAAACGCGGUGGUUUUCUCCUAAAACUCCAACCGCGCUUCACCGUAGACAAGCCCACUUCAACAAGCAAAACCGUCCUAAAACCCGUUGAAGUUCAGAUUUCUGGAUUGUUCUGAACCUCAAGCAGCAUGCCCGUUACCUUAGGAUGCGUUCUUCACCUGUGACAAACUUUGUGGCAAUUCUUCAUCUGCCUCCUUCAACGUGUAAGAUCAUAACUUGCCACAAAGUAGUCUGCCACAAGCGAGGAAUCGUCCUAGAGUAACUAGACGGAGCUAGGGCGUGUCCAGCGCGUACGUUUACAAUUCACUAUAUACGGUUCACAGUGGUGCUUGGUGGUCCAACGUGGUUAUGCGCAGAAACCGCUCCUGACCGCGAUUUAUCCGUUUGAACCGUGUUCCGUGGACAGUAAGCGUACGCGCUGGACACGCCCUAAGGGCGUAACCACUUCAAUAAUCUGGUCAGAGCAGGAUUAUUUGUAGGAUGUAAUGAAAGCGAGCUUGCGGUAGCUGAAGGACGCUUGUAUCGAGUGUGACAAUGUCGGGCGAGCUGGAGCACAUGGCGGCGGGGACGGGCAAGGGCGAGGAGCGCAAGGAGGUGCAGCGGAAGAAGCAGGCCCGGUUCUCGGGGAACGACGACGCCGACGACGACGACGAUGAUACCAAGCCUCGGCGCGCAGUGCUGCCGGAGAAGAAGCCCAAGAAGGUCAAGGGUGCGCUGCCCUCCGCUGACGUCAGCGCCAUGGAUCUCGACGACUUGGGCGCGGAGCCCGACGCGGCGGGCGGAGGCUCCGCGGGCGCGGCGGCGCUGAUGGACUCCGCGGACCCGCGCGUGGCGGCGCAGGCGCGCGCGCAGCAGCGGAAGCGGGGGAAGAACAAGUGGGGGGACACGGCGUUUGGGGGCGUGGAGGACGUGGUGGGCGCGGAGGAAGACUUCCAGGGCGAGGAGGAGGAGAAGGAGGCGAUAGAGCCGUUCAACCUGCAGCAGGAGCGCGAGGAGGGGUACUUCGACGCCGAGGGCAACUACGUGGAGUACAGAGAGGACACGGAGGCCACUGACGCAUGGCUGGCAACAGCAGAGGUGGACCCCACCCUGGCCGCCAAGGCGGCAGCGCGCGCAGAGGCAGCGGCUGCAGCGGAGCAGGCGGGGGAGGGCGGCAUGGGGCACGCGGAGAUGGCGGCGAUCAGGCGGCGCAUUGCUGAUGCGCUGAACCCCGGGGAGACGGUCAUUCAAGGGCUGAAGCGACUAGGCGGGGGGAAGAAAGGGCUGGGGCAAGGGGGAGCGGGAGGAGCGAAGGGGGGGAAGCAGGGGAGGAAGAGGGGGCGGCCGGGGGGUGAGGGGGAAAGGGAGGAGGGCGGGGAGGGGAGGGGGAAGGGCGGGAGGCAGCAGAACAGACCGCGGUGGAUGGAGGAGACGGGAGGGGGCGAGGGGCAGGAGGGGGGCAUGGACUCGGAGGCGAGGCAGCGGCUGUUUGAGCAGCUCACUGAAGACGCCAUGAUGCUCAUGGAUGCGGGGGAGACAGACGUGUACUCGGACAAGAUGGAGACGUUUCAGCGGGAGGCGGAGGGGUACGAGGCGAUCCUGAGGGCACGACAGGGGCUGCUGGGGGGAGGGGCUGGCGAGGAGAGUACGGGGGAGAAAGGAGGUGGGGAGGAGAGAGGGAAUGGGAAGGGAGGAGGGGAUGGUGUGGACAUGUUUGGCGAUGAUGCUGACGAUGGGGAUGAGGGAAAUCAUCAAAAGGGUGAUGGAAACGAGGGGGGUGGUAAAGUCAAGGAUGUUAAGGAGGAUGGAGAUGAGGAACAGGGGGAGGAGGAUGGCGAUGAGGAACAGGGGGAGGAGGAAGGUGAGGGGAAGGCGGCUACCAGGGGAGCAGAGGGAAAGGGAGGGGAGGGGAAGGCAGGGGCUGAAGGGAGCGGAGCACCGAGCAACAGCAGCGGCUAUGAGUUCGACCCGGGCAGUGGCUACUACUACAACAAGGAGGUGGGCUACUACUAUGACGCCACCUCUGGGCUCUUCUGCAGUGCUGCUAACGACACAUGGUACCGCUUCAACGAGGCCACAGGAGAGUACGAGGCGGUUGAAGGCGACUCGAAGCACGCAGAUGCGCCACACGCAGCAGGUGCGGACGCUGCAGGCGAUGCUGGCGAUGUGCGAGGCGAGGCGGACAAGGCUGGCCCAGGCAGGGCAGCAGACGAGGGCAAGGCCGGGCAGAGCAGAGCAGCGGGGGGGGCAGGCGCGGAUGCGGCUUGUGAGGGUGCGGCAGCUGGGGGGGGCGAAGCGGGUGGUGUGGCGGGUGAGGUGCGGGCAGACAAGGCUGGAACUGCAGCAGGGGAAGGGACAACGGCUGCUGCUGCCGCUGCGGAUGGGUAAAGGCACUUGAUGUCCAGUAGCGCUUUGGUUUCCGAUUGAUCAGCAGCAAUGUUGCAGCAAAAUCAAUGAUGUUUGAGAAAUGAAUGUGGAUUGUGCACGUGUGAGAGGGCUGGAAUGGGCCAUGCCCCCACUCAUGUUGCCUGGAGGCUCUUUUGAGCCAAUCCAAAGGCUCUCCACCAGCACCACUACCAGCAAUCCCAUCGCACCUUUUAUGAUCCCUCCCACCCACCUAUCGGUAUUGAUCCAUUCGUGCACUACUACCAGCCUUACACACACCUGUUGCAUGACUUUGGUUCUGAAAGCUUUGUUGCUUCGUCUUCUUCCAUGGCUCCCUCUUUCUAACGCAUGAUAGUGUCAAUGUU